CCCUGUCCGCAACAGACUUUGUCUUCCGGCCUCUUCUCAGCUUGUCCGUCACUUUCGCAUUUCGUCGAACAGAAAGAGCUCAUAACACCAUAUACCCUAUGUACUCAUUACAUUCCUUCUCUCUUACACUCUCUAGCUAUUAUCUUUCCGAUGGCGUCACGAGAUCCGGAGAUCGAAGAAGGGGGCGGAGGUGGAGGCGGAGGCGGCAGCCUCAAGAAGCCGCUCCUCCACACCGGAAGUUGGUACCGCAUGGCUGGUAUGAGCUCCAGGCAGUCUAGCAUGUUUGCCUCUUCCGCUCAAAUCCUUCGUGAAUCAGUCUCCAUUUUCCUCUGCGUUUUCAUCGUCGCCUUAGGCCCCAUUCAGUUUGGGUUCACUUGUGGGUAUUCAAAUCCUACGCAGGCAGACAUCAUAACCGAUCUUAAACUUAAAAUUUCGGAGUUCUCCGUGUUUGGUUCUUUAGCAAAUGUGGGUGCUAUGGUGGGUGCAAUAGCUAGUGGUCAAAUUGCAGAAUACAUUGGACGAAAAGGGUCAUUGAUGAUUGCUGCUAUUCCCAACAUACUUGGAUGGCUUGCUAUUUCAUUUUCCAAAGAUUACUCAUUCUUGUAUAUGGGAAGAUUAUUGGAAGGCUUUGGUGUUGGUGUAAUAUCUUAUGCGGUUCCUGUAUACAUUGCUGAGAUCUCACCUCAAAACAUGAGAGGUAGCUUAGGAUCUGUUAACCAGCUUUCUGUUACUAUUGGAAUACUAUUGGCAUACCUUUUGGGGCUUUUUCUUCCAUGGAGAGUAUUGGCAGCUUUUGGUACUUUGCCAUGCAUCUUUCUGAUACCUGGUCUUUUUUUCAUUCCUGAAUCUCCUCGUUGGUUGGCCAAGAUGGGGUUUAUUGAAGAUUGUGAAACAUCUUUGCAAGUUUUGCGAGGAUUCGAUUCAGACAUUUCCUCUGAGUUUAAUGAGAUCAAGAGAUCUGUAGCAAACUCAGGAAAACGAGCUACAAUUCGAUUUUCUGAACUUAAGAGAAGAAGAUAUUGGUAUCCUUUAAUGGUAGGAAUAGGGUUGCUUCUUCUUCAACAACUCAGUGGUAUAAAUGGUGUUCUAUUCUACUCUAGUGACAUUUUCAAAUCAGCUGGAAUUUCAUCCAGCAAAGCUGCAACAUUUGGACUUGGUGCAAUUCAGGUUGUUGCUACUGCAGUUACAACAUCCUUGGUGGACAAAAGUGGUCGAAGAGUUCUUUUAAUGUUGUCUUCAAUUCUAAUGGUUGCAAGCAACCUUCUUGUUUCAAUGAGUUUCUUUUUGAAGCAACUUGUUGCUAAAGAUUCGUCCCUUUAUGGGUUCUUGGGAAUAUUGUCACUCGUUGGACUAGUGAUUAUGGUGACCGGCUUCUCUCUAGGACUUGGACCAAUUCCUUGGGUUAUAAUGUCCGAGAUACUUCCUGUAAAUAUUAAGAGCCUUGCUGGCAGUGUUGCAACACUUUUUAAUUGGUUGGCUGCAUCGAUUAUUACAAUGACAGCACCCCUACUCUUGACCUGGAGCAGUGGAGGAACUUUCAUCAUCUAUGCUGCUGUGUCAACUUUUACUCUAGUUUUUGUGAAACUAUGGGUUCCUGAAACCAAAGGAAAAACGUUGGAAGAAAUACAAUGGUCCUUCAGAUGACACUG